AUGACACAAGAAAGAAAAAGCAUUGAGUCGCAUUUAAUGCCGACCACGCCUUCUCUUUUGUGGCUACACUUGUCAACUGUUCCUUUCUACCUCAUUCUGUUCAUAUCUCUCUACCUAUCUAUCUAUCUAUCUGUUCAUAUUAUAUCUGUCCAUAUCUAUCUCAUUCUGUUCAUAUCUAUCUGUCUAUCUGUCAGUCUAGCUAUCUAUCUAUCUGUUCAUAUUAUAUCUGUCCAUAUCUAUCUCAUUCUGUUCAUAUCUAUCUAUCUGUCUGUCUAUCUAUCUAUCUGUUCACAUUAUAUCUGUCCAUAUCUAUCUCAUUCUGUUUAUAUCUGUCUAUCUAUCUACCUAUCUAUCUAUCUAUCUAUCUAUCUAUCUAUCUAUCUAUCUGUCUGUCUGUUCAUAUUAUCUCUGUUCAUAUGUAUCUCAUUCUGUUCAUAUCUAUCUGUCUAUCUAUCUAUCUAUCUGUCUGUCUGUCUGUCUGUCUGUUCAUAUUAUAUCUGUCCAUAUCUAUCUCAUUCUGUUCAUAUCUAUCUAUCUAUCUAUCUGUCUGUCUAUCUAUCUAUCUGUUCACAUUAUAUCUGUCCAUAUCUAUCUCAUUCUGUUCAUAUCUAUCUAUCUAUCUAUCUGUCUGUCUAUCUAUCUAUCUGUUCACAUUAUAUCUGUCCAUAUCUAUCUCAUUCUGUUUAUAUCUAUCUAUCUAUCUAUCUAUCUUUCUCUCUAUCUAUCUGUCUGUCUGUUCAUAUUAUAUCUGUUCAUAUCUAUCUAAUUCUGUUCAUAUCUAUCUAUCUGUCUGUCUGUCUGUCUGUCUGUCUGUUCAUAUUAUAUCUGUUCAUAUCUCUCUCAUUCUGUUCAUAUCUAUCUAUCUAUCUAUCUAUCUAUCUGUCUGUCUGUCUGUUCAUAUUAUAUCUGUUCAUAUCUCUCUCAUUCUGUUCAUAUCUAUCUAUCUAUCUAUCUAUCUAUCUGUCUGUCUGUUCAUAUUAUAUCUGUUCAUAUCUCUCUCAUUCUGUUCAUAUCUAUCUAUCUAUCUAUCUAUCUAUCUAUCUGUCUGUCUGUCUAUCUGUUCAUAUUAUAUCUGUUCAUAUCUCUCUCAUUCUGUUCAUAUCUAUCUAUCUAUCUAUCUAUCUGUCUGUCUGUUCAUAUUAUAUCUGUUCAUAUCUCUCUCAUUCUGUUCAAAUCUAUCUAUCUAUCUAUCUAUCUAUCUAUCUCAUUCUGUUCGUAUCCAUCUUGUGUGACAUCUGUCUAUCUAUCUGUUUAUCUAUCUAUCUCAUUCUGUUUAUAUUUAUGUAUCUCUCUAUCUCAUUCUCUUCCUAUCUAUCUAUCUAUCUAUCAAUCUCUGUUCGUAUCUAUCUAUCUAUCUCAUUCUGUUCAUAUCUAUCUUAUAUUUCUGUUCAUAUUUGUCUGUCUAUCUAUCUAUCUAUCUCAUUCUGUUCAUAUCUAUCUCAGUCUGUUCAUAUCUAUCUAUCUAUCUAUCUAUCUGUCUGUCUGUCUGUCUGUUCAUAUUAUAUCUGUUCAUAUCUAUCUCAUCCUGUUCAUAGCUUAUCUUUCUAUUCAUAUCUAAGUCUGUUCAUAUUUGUCUGUCUAUCUAUCUCAUUCUGUUCGUAUCUAUGUAUCUAUCUCAUUCUGUUAAUAUCUAUCUAUUUAUCUAUCUAUCUAUCUCAUUUGUUCAUGUCUAUCUUAUAUUGUCCAUCUCUAUCUCUCUUUCUGUCCUUCUCUCUCUAUCUCUAUCUCUGUCUGUCUGUCUCUCCCUCUCCCUCUCUCUCUCUCUCUCUCUCUGUGUUUAUUUUGUACUCAUAA